UAAGGGAAAUGUUUACUUGUUCCAAAGGUGCCUAGACAGACGUUGUAAUUAUUAACUUGUUUUCUCAGAAGUAUUGUGUACUUACUGAUGAGAUCAUGGGCACUUCGGGAUUGUAAAAAUCUUCAUGAGACAUGCAACUGAAGAUGAGGGUGAGAUGCUCACUAUUUAUUUUUAUGUUAUUCAUCUCAGAAGAACUCUGUGCAGAAGAUUUGGGAGCAUAGGAAGCCAGGAUCUAACGACUUUAAAGAGUUUUCUGGUUAAUAUGCAGCAGUUUGGAAAUCACAUAUUUGCCUUAAUUAUAUUUUUAGAGAAACCGUGUGAUUUUCCUGCGGUGGAAAAUGGAAUGAUUGCCCAAUACUAUUAUACGUUUAGAAGCUUUUACUUUCCAAUGAGCAUAAACAAAAAGCUAUCGUUCUUCUGCUUGGCUGGCUAUGCAACCGGAAGUGGGAAGCAAGAAGAGCAAAUCAGGUGUACAACAGAGGGGUGGUCUCCAAAGCCAAGGUGCUUCAAAAAAUGCCUGAAGCCUGUCCUAAGGAACGGUUAUGUCUCUGAUGAGAAAGUACUGUACAAAAUUCAAGAGAGCAUGCGCUAUGGUUGCACUUCAGGAUACAAAACCACUGGAGGAAAGGAUGAGGAGGUGGUUCAGUGUCUUCCUGAAGGAUGGUCUUCUCAACCGUCCUGCAGGAAGGAGCAAGAGACAUGCUUGGCCCCUGAGUUGUAUCAUGGCAAUUAUUCCACGAUGCAGAGAACGUUCCAAGUGAAGGAGAAAGUGCAGUACUCAUGUGCUGCUGGCUACUACACCGCUACAGGGAAGCAGGCAGAGGAAGCAGAGUGCCACACCCACGGGUGGUCCCUCACACCACAGUGCAACAAAUUAAUGUGCUCUUCUUUGAGAUUAAUAGAAAAUGGCUAUUUUCAUCCUGUAAAGCAAACCUAUGAAGAAGGAGAUGUAGUUCAAUUUUUCUGUCAUGAAAAUUAUUAUUUAAGUGGAUCUGAUUUAAUUCAGUGCUAUAACUUUGGCUGGUAUCCCGAAUCUCCCAUAUGUGAAGGAAGAAGAAAUCGAUGUCCUCCUCCACCGGUGCCUCAAAAUUCCAAAAUUCAACCACAUUCAACAACUUACCGUCAUGGAGAAACAGUUCGUAUAGAAUGUGAACUUAAUUUUGUGAUUCAGGGUUCAGAAGAACUACUCUGUGAAAAUGGGAAGUGGACAGAACCUCCCAAAUGCGUUGAAGAGAAGGAGAAGGUAGCCUGUGAGCAACCGCCCUCCAUUGAAAAUGGUGCUGCACAAGCACACUCUGAGAUUUACUACAGUGGGGAUAAAGUGACAUAUAGGUGUGAAGGUAGCUACCAUCUCCGGGGAUCAAGUACAAUAACUUGUAAUCGUGGCCAAUGGACGCUGCCCCCUGAGUGUGUUGAAAAUAAGGAGGACUGUAAGCCUCCACCUGAAAUAGCGAAUGGUGCUGUUGUUGAUGAGUUACUGGCAAGUUACACAACAGGGUCGUCAGUGGAGUUCAGAUGCAAUGAGUAUUACUUAUUGAGUGGAUCCAAAACGUCUCGCUGUGAACAAGGGAAGUGGUCAUCUCCACCUGUUUGCUUGGAGCCAUGCACUAUUGAUGUGGAUCACAUGAACAGAAAUAACAUACAGAUGAAGUGGAAAUACGAGGGCAAGGUUUUACAUGGAGACUUAAUAGAUUUUGUGUGUAAACAGGGAUUUGACUUGUCUCCAACAACCCGACUGUCUGAGGUAUCUGUGCAGUGCAAUAGAGGAGAUGUGAGAUACCCCGUGUGUGUUAGAAGAGAGUCUAAAGGGAUGUGUACAUCUCCUCCACCGAUAAAAAAUGGAGACAUUGUUAGUUCAGCAGUCAGCACCUACGAAAAUGGCUCCUCGGUAGAAUACCAGUGUUUUGAUAACCAUUUCCUACAAGGAUCUAAGGAGGCCUAUUGUGUAGAUGGAGUGUGGACUACACCGCCAUUGUGUUUAGAGCCUUGUCCAUUAUCAUUUGUUGAAAUGGAUAAAAAUUAUUUACAGCUGAAAUGGAACUUUGACAAUAGACCACUCAUUCUCCAUGGCGAGUAUAUUGAAUUUAUUUGUAAGAGAGAUGCGUACAUAACUGAGACAUCUAUUAGUGGGUUUGAACUUCGAGUGCAAUGUGACAGAGGAAAGCUGAAAUAUCCAAAGUGUACUCAAAGAUAAAGGAGUCUGUCUUUUCAAGAAGCUUUACAGACACAAAAACAAAUGGAAGGAAGAUAAGGAGUAUUUCAACACAUCACGAGUCCUGCACAAAAUAAUUUUAGGAAGACUGUGCUGAGUUCAGUGUCCUGAGGUUUUAUCUAUGCAUAAAAAUUGUGCUCAAUUUUUUCCUUAUUUAUAAAUCAAAGCAAAAAUGUAUCUCAUUUUAGUUUGAUUUCACAUUUAACCUGAACUUCAUUGUAUCUUUCACCUGUUAAAUUUGAUUCAGUCAGCAAAUCAUUCCUGUUUCCUAUUGAUCAUUGCCAGACUCUAUUGUUUUCUUGAGUUUAUAUGGAAAAUACAUCUGACUUUAUUUUAUUCAUUAAAAUUAAGGUUUUCUGUCACUUUUAA